UGAGUGUUUGUUCUUUCUCUCUUUUGGGGUUUUACCCUUCAAUCUCAUAGUGUAGAUUCUGUAUAUUGAUCCUGAUCAUUCAUUUGUAGUGUAGGUCACUACAAGUGGUAUCAGAGACGGUCUUUCCUUGGAUUGAUCAUGGAUGAUGGUAAUAGAUUUAAGGCUUUAGCUGAGCAAUUAGCUACUGUUCUUCAAGUUCAAAAAGUAAUUGCAAGGGCUCUAAAAAAUACACCAUCUCAUGUGCUUCUAGCCAAAUGCAAGAAAAUUUUAGCAAGAGAAACGAAGAAAUUGCCGUUACUGGAGCGUGAGAUACAUUUGAGUCCAUCUGUUGAUGAGAAUUGGGAAUCAAAUUCGUGGGAGAGCUUUGAAUUAAUUGGAUCUUUGUUGAAGAAAGUGACGCUGAUUGAGAAAGAAAUUGAUGAAAAGCUUGAAGGAGAUCAAAUUGAUUCAAGUUCAGAAGGAGAUGUCGUUCACAAUUCUUCAGAUGAAGGUAAUUACAGCUCUAAACCCAAAUCUGACUUCUCAAUUGUUAAUGGAGAUGCUGUUACAUAUGUUCAAGACUACAAUUCUCAUGCGGUCAAUCUAGUUUCUCCUUAUUCUGAAUUGGAAGGGAAGAUAGAAACCAAAUUUUCAGAUUACCAAAAUGGUAAACCCUUCAAUCCUGGAGCUAAUUUUGUGGUGGGUUUUCAAAUUAAUAGCGUUGAAUCUCAUGAGGUAAAUAAUUUCAAUUCAUUCAAUCAGCAUAAUAAUAUAAUUGAGAAUUCGAGUGAGUUAAAUGUUCUGAAGAAACUGUGUAGUGUAGAAUGUUUAGAUUGUUGUCUUGAUUCUGCUCGAAUCUUGUUUGAUCGUGGAAAAAAGUUUGAGGUACUUAGUAGUGGGAAUUCUGUAUAUGAACUAAUUAUGGAAUUUGGGUACUGUGUGGAAUUGUUAUUUGGGUAUUCAAAUGUGUUUUUGUUUGUUGAGAACGGUGACAGUCAGGAUGCUUGUGAGUUGUUUUAUGAAAUGUUGCAGCAAGCUAAUGUUCUUUGUACUAGUUCGGGACUUCAUGUCGCAAGGGCAAACCAAUCUAGCAAUGCACAACAGCUAGUCGACUACAUGUCUACUCUUCAUAACUGGAGUCUUAAUGGUGAUAAUGGUUUUGUGCUUCUCCAACAACGGAAUCAGGAAGAACUGUCACCUCGCUUACACUGUACUUCUACUGCCACUCACGAAAGUUGGUUAGAUCAGUUCCUUAAGCAAGUUUAUAACCCAGCAAAGGUGUGGUCAUCACAAGUUAUGGCAGGAUUUGAACUAGAAGCUAGAAUUCCUUGGUUCUAUGUCUAUCAUUUUGUGGGGGUUUCCUUAGUUGCUAAAAGAUAUUGUAAACUCUCGAAGCUCAAGAGGGGAUCUGGUUUACUGAAAAUGCCAGGUAGGGUAACAAGGAGUUUGAGUAGUGAAAGAUGUUUCUAUUGUAGCUUGGAUGUUGUUGGGAAGGUAUUUGAUAGAGGAAGGUUGCUGGAACUGAUUAAGAGGUACUAUUACGACAGAAGCAGCUUUGAAUUCAGUUUUGGUAUACUUAAUUUUAGUUUGGUUGAUCUUAAUGGGUUCAUUUUCAUGGAUACUUAUGAUGGAAGACUUGUUUAUGAGAUUGUACUUCAGCUUGGUUAUGGUUUAGAACUGUUCUUAGUGGACUCAAAUAUGUUUUUGCUUGUUGAAAAGGGUGGCAGUCAGGAUGAUUGCAAGUUUUCAGAUAGAAGGCGUCAACAAGGGGAGUGGGAAGGUACGAAAGCUUUCCGACAAAAUUGCAAAUUAUGUAGCUGGGAGUUUGAGUAGAGUUGGUGUAUAGAAAAUUCCCUUGAAGGAGCUUAGGUACCUCCAAGUGUUUCUUAUUUCAAUUCCCACAGUGGUGAAAGGUCAUAUUUAUCUUUCAGAAAUCAUGUUGUUGCACGUUUCCUUGCUCACAUCUGAAAUUUAUGAGAGUCAUUCGGUUCGUGCGAGACACAUAAUGCAAAUUUUUUCUUCCACUUGGAGUUGUUUGUACUUGUUUCACUGUGCUCAGUAUUUUACUUCUUGUUACAACCUUAUGGUGGGAAUGAACACCUCUUAUUCCACUCGCUUCUUACUCCCUUGCUACAAUUCCUUGCCGGGUUGGGUGUAUGAUGAAGCAACAGAAAGUUAUAGCUGGACCAGAUUUCUCGCAAGGUUAGUGGGUACUCAGGUCUUACUCCUGGUGAUCCAAAUUAUAAAUGUACUAAUGUUGAUGGAUUUCUUGAGGUGGAAAUUCAAAUUACUUACAACCAGUUUAUGGCGUAUGGGAAAUGGCAGUAGUUAUGAAUGGAUUGUCACUGAGUUAGAACCUAAAGUACCUAGUUUUAUGGGUUGUAGUAAUAAUCCUUGGUGUUCAGGCUGGAAGGAUGUCAUUGUAAGAGUGGUGAGAAUCAAGAAGAUGCUUGUAAGAAAUUGCUUAUAUGCAAAAAAGAUAUAUAGUUCCACUGAUACUGGUAGAGGAGAACUGCAUUGCAGUCAGUUGUGGCUAGUGGUAUUCUGGACCUUAUAGGAAUUUUCGGUACAUAUUGCAAGUUUAACUUCUAUUGCAGUUGAACUUCUAUUGCAGUUGAACUCCACAUCAACAUGGUUAUCAUACACAGUUUUGAAGAAAAUGGCCUGGAGGGAAGUUUCCUUGUUGAGAUAUUGUUUGUCUAUUGCAAGAAAGAAUGUAGAGAGUGGGAUCUGGAACCAACUGCUUUACUAAUUCAUAUUGUCUGCAUCAAUUACGCACUUACUCCACAAACACUGAAUGUGCUGAUGUCACUACCAAGAGGAAAGUGUGUUAUAUUUGUGAUUACACUCAGGAAAUGAUUAAGUCAGAGGUCUUUUGGGAAGUUCUCAGAUUGUUGGAUUCGCCAAUUUGAGACGAGGCAUGUGGAAGCAGUGGGUAAGCUGAUGUGGCAACUUAAUAAUGUUGUGUCUAGUAAGAUGAGGAUCUUAAGUGCGAAAUUAUGGCAAUCUGAUAUUAAUGUUGAGAAGGAGGAACAAGACCUCAUGUCAAGGAUUCAGUUAAUGAUAAUAGGGCACAAUUCAGCAUCAUGUGGUGUCGAGGCAGGUUGGAUUAUGUCAAGAGUUGCUUCAGGUUUGGUACCAAAUUCUUCCUUAGCCUUGUACUUCUGGAGGUACAAAAGCAACUACUUGGAUAAGUACGGACUUGGGUUACAUAGCUCAUAUUUUGCUGGUGAUUUUGAAUUCCUUUCAAGUCGAGAGUGGCAACAGUUAUACUGGAACAUAGGAUACAGGAACUGUAUCAAGUGCUUUAUAGAGACAGCUGGGGUUUUUGUUGCGAAUACUCAACCUCUUUUUAAGCAACUGCAGAGCUACACAUAUCAUGGCACAACAACACGAGAGCAAGAAGAGGAUGUCAACUCCAUGCCAGCUAGUGCAUUACAUAAAUUCUCAAUUCCUCUUGCAAUUUCAGGUCCUACUUCUGUUGAAGGUCACAUCACUGGGGUUAUUAUGCACAAGUUCAGAAGAAAAGUGAUAGUGAUGUACCACAACCUCAUGACACUUCAGUUUCAGCAGCUGACAGCUUUUCCUAUUGAAAUGGCCAGAAAGUUUGAGUUACUUGUCGGCAAGGGAGUAGUUAAUCUCUUAACAGUGGGAAUAUGCUUGCAGCAACUCCUCCACAUGCAGGGUUAUUGCAUGGAACUAAACAUGAAGAUUCAUGUUCAUUCCUCGGCUGGUGGAGCAUGGAUUAAAUUUGAAGAAGGACUACAAUCAAGCUUGCCGACUACAGAUCAGGCGAAUGAUUCCAGCUUGUCUUGGACCUGGGUUCUGAAGUUUGUGAAGUUCACAUCUCCUAUUAUAUUCGAGAUGGAGCUGCAAGUCUGCAACAGUUGUGCUCUUCAUGGGUUGAUCUCAUUUCAUAUCCUUGAGGACAAGGAUGGUUUGAAGGGGUGGGAAUUUGUCAUGUCCCGGUUAUGGGCUGUCCACUUGUUAAGGGCAGACCGUAUGUUAUUUAGUAAACAUAGUGUUAGUAGCGAGAGCGUGUGAGCGGCACGUGCCAGUGUGAGUCUGUUUUCUCUUUUAAGUCUUUGAGCUUCUGUAAUAAAAACUUAAUCGAAUAGAAUUUGUUGAGUGUUUGUUC